AUGACAGGACUACACCUCGCCUCCGCCUUUGGAUUGGUGAAUGUGGUCUCGCGAAUGAUUGGAUCUGGGAAGUUCAGUCUUCGUCUUCGGACUGAUGAUGGCUGGACUGCACUUCACUGGGCCGUUGAAAAAGGUCGUGAGGACGUUGCAGCUUUCCUUCUAACCUUACCAGACAAGGAGUCUUUCAUAUCUUGCAAGACAAACUCAGAAGGCUGUACAGCACUGCAUAUUGCGGUCAAACACCUCCGCGCUGCAAUGGUGAAGGUGAUACUCAAGGCCAAGGCCGACGCCAACGCCCAAGAUAGCCGGGGUAGAACCCCUCUCUACUUAGCUGUUUGGAGUGUCCAAGAGGACUUUGUUGAGAAGUUGUUAUCCAGCGGUGCUGAUCCCAACAUUCCAAGCAUUUACGGAACGGCACUGCAUUGUGCUGUGAGGCGAGGGGCACCUAGCCUCGUCCUCGUCCGGGCACUGAUAUCAGCCAGCGGCUCUCGCAUUGAUCUCGAUACCAAAGAUGUCCUUGCACUAACGCCCCUGGAGGAAGCACAGGCGAGGGGGCGUGAUGAUGUGGCGGCGAUUCUCCUUGAGGCGGGAGCAAAGCCGUCAUUAGAUUUGAUCUUGACCCAAGCAUACAUCCUGGGCAGUCAUCAGGGCCUUUCUUCGAAGGAGAGCUGGCAGGCCUAUGAAAACGAUUUGGUCCUCUCAUGCCAAAUCAAACAGGGCAACCAAUGUACCUGUCAUGUUCUCAAAUCGCAGAAGCAAAAACUAGGGCACGCAGAAGGUCAAGUGAUGCUCGAACAUAAGUUUGAGGGGGAUGCGGCACCGCCGACACGAGUGUUCCGGAAAACGUUUGACCUAGCGAGUGAUGUGCAAGGGCAGGUUCAGAAGUACUUGCUGUCUGAAUGGCAGAUUCUUUUCAAGCUGCGACAUCCACACAUUGUCCGAUACAUUGACUCUGACGAAGAUCCUUACCACAACGAGUUUCUACUCUAUAUGGAAUUCUGCGACAAGGGAGAUGUUGAAUCCUUCCAUGGGAUUCAACUGAGGGAUUUGACAGCCAGAGAGAACAAGCGAUAUGGGUUCGUCGAGGACGAGACAAGAUUAAACCUGAGGCCGCUGAGUGGCGUCGAGAUCUGGGCAAUGAUCUGGCAAAUGGCUUCAGCCUUAGCCUAUCUCCAUUACGGCUUGUCUAUCAGGCGGAAGAACGGACUAUACGCCGCCAGUCUGGAGGGACAAUGGGCUUAUAUCAUUCACCGCGAUGUCAAGCCAGCCAACAUUGUGAUGCAUGGUGCUGAAAAGGACAAGUUCCUCUUCAAGCUAUGUGAUUUGGGAAUCGCAAGCCACGCUGGACUGGGGCCAGAUCAGAACCAAACCCAACUGAUUGGAAGCUCAGGCUUGCAACCUCCAGAAGUUAGACAGGGGGAGCUGUGGACAACCAGGGGCGACAUGUUCUCACUUGGAGAGACAAUCAGAUUAACCGCCAAGGCAAAGGAUGAGCUGCUCAACUGUCAAGCAUUCAAGAGUUUUCUAGACGGGGCUCGUGGAAUCGACGAAGACUCAAGACCGACCAGCCUCGAAGCGAUGGAAAUUGCCUAUGGAAACCUACGAAAAGCCCCUGGAAGCUUCUCAGAACUGCCACGAGCUGUGGUUGAAGAAAUGCGUUCCGUGCAUCAGGUGCUCGGCCGCUGGGGCGGGAGCUAUUUAUUACAAUCAUUCCUACUCACCGCCGAACUGUUAGACAGCUCACAGCCAUUCCAACAGGGCUUGCCUACAGACGAUCGCAAAAAUCUUGUUAAACGGUUGUGGCUACUUCUAGAUGAUGGGGCCGCAGAAACAUUCACGGGAAGAUACGAGCUUCCUGCGCACUUGUUGAUUCUACUAGAAGGUCGGUCUGCAGAGGAGAAGCAAUCGAGAGAACUAGACCUAGACAGGGUCCUGAAAACUUCCGCCAACGUCAAUCAUCAAUGGGUCAAGUCAGGUUGGUCGGCGCUUCAUAUCGCAGCACAGGAAAGAAACCUCUCUGCUCUCAAGACACUGCUGCGGUAUGAGGCAGAGGUUGAUUUGGAGGAUAAACACGGAAUGACGGCAAAGGAUUACGCUAAAGAAAAUGGCUUCGGUGAGAUGCUGGUACUUUUGGAACAAACUGAGAAAGCCGUUGUUGAGCAGCACGGAGAGGUGAGAGGAAACACGAGGAAGAGGAUGAGGCUGGUGUGA